AUGACAGACUUAGAUACCCUAUCGCAGCACCAACCACAGUUGGUCGAGAUGCUUCUGCAGCCUCCAAUUCUGGAGGUGAUUCGCUCCUUCUUGACUAUUCCGGACUUCUUGGCGUUAUUCCGAGUAUGCAAGCGACUUUAUAUAAUCAAAAACGAUAUUCUUAGGUUAAUUUGCGGGAUUAACGUUGCACUCAAGACCUUUGUGAUCGACGCUACAAUGUUUCGAUCCCAAUUGGGACACUAUAACGCCAUGAUUUCAGGACCCUUUGCCCUCAAUUUCUUCCAACUCAGCAGUAACAAAGUCUUGAAGUUGGACAUCUUCAUCAAGGAAGGAGCCGAUGCCGAUCAAUUCACAGAUUAUCUGCAAAGAACUGAAGAGUACAAGAACGAUUCAGAAAUCGAGACGAUUCCAAGACGUAGAAUUUAUAGUAGACUCUCACGGCCGAAUAUCCAAAUCCGUGUCACUCGAACAACGGGGCUACCCAUUGAAACCAUCCUCACUUCUUCAUCAACAACAGCAAUCGUCAAUGUCAUCACUUGGAACAAGGCAUAUUGCAUCUUUCCUCACCAAACCCUUAUCAAGCACGAUGUUUAUCCUCUCCGACCUUUGGAUGAUGACUUUGGUUCGGAACUGAGCGAGCUUUCUCUCCAUGGCUGGACAACUCGAGAUAUCAUAUGGCCCGACCAUGCCAAAGAAAAAUUCCAGAACUUCAUUCCUGUUCGGCGUGUUGGUGAUAGCUCUAGUCUGGUUAUUUCCCUGGAUACCAACUCUGUUGUUACCCAAGCAGUCCCAGAUUAUGUAAUUGAAUUUUCUCAGUUUGAGAUUUCCGGGGAUGGCUUGCAGUCCAAUACUCGCAUAACCGGGUUCGGGCAGAAUCAGCUCUGGCAGAGUCAUUUCCAAAACACCGCACCAAGGUGGUCCUUCUUACAAACUAAAGCAAAGGAGUUUUCAUCUCCUGCUUUAUGCCAUUGUUAUAUCACCACUUCUUCAGAAUGGCGCGACUUCGUGAGCCAACGAGUCCGACGUUGGGCCUGGUUGGAGGUAUACAAGAUAGAACAGAGACACCGACCCGUUCAACCCCCGGCAUCAAUUCCACUGGUCUCGGAGGUCUCAAUCCCCCAAGGAUUCGAAUUUCCACAGUCCUGGGAUUACGCUGAUGAUCAAAUACCGAUAUGGUAUCGACAAUGGGAGGACAUAAAUACCUGA